GAUAAGUCACCCUAACUACAAAUAACAGUCAACUGCACGUGACUUCAUAUGUGGUGAUAUCAUGAUUUUCGCUCUUGUUUAUAUCUGGAGAUAAUAUUUCAUACUUUCAUACUUUUAUUUUAUCCACUAAUAAGAUGAAACUGGAGUGGUUGUGAUAUUUAAAACAGAGAUAACAAAAGAAUUAACGGAUAUGACGACAUCGGUGAACUCAGAAAAGAAGAGCGUCAACGACACGACAGCUUCAACCUAUUUUGAUGAACGGGUAGCUGUUCCACCACCAGAUGGCACUCGCUUCAGCUUCCGUAAAUUAUGGGCCUUUACUGGGCCCGGUUUUCUUAUGAGUAUCGCCUACUUGGACCCAGGAAAUGUCGAGUCGGACUUGAGAGCGGGAGCCAGUGCCCAAUUCAAGUUACUAUGGAUACUUAUGAUCUCUACAGUGCUUGGUCUCCUAAUGCAGCGACUUGCCGCGAGACUGGGCGUGGUCACAGGGCUCCACCUGGCGGAAAUCUGCUUUAAACGUUACCCUAAAGUACCACGUAUUAUACUUUGGGUAAUGGUGGAAAUAGCUAUCAUAGGAUCUGAUAUACAGGAAGUCAUAGGAACAGCUAUAGCCAUCAGCAUUCUGUCAAAUGGAAAAAUACCUCUAUACGGUGGGGUCCUCAUUACCAUCAUCGAUACCUUCACCUUCCUCCUACUGGACCGUUACGGGCUGAGGAAACUUGAAGCGUUCUUUUGCUUCCUCAUCACUGUUAUGUCCAUCAGUUUCGGCUACGAGUAUGUCGUUGUUCACCCAAACCAGCCACAGGUCAUGAAGGGGAUGUUCUUCCCUUACUGUGAGAACUGCGGGUCUGACGAACUUCUACAGGGUAUCGGAAUAGUCGGGGCUAUUAUCAUGCCCCAUAACAUAUACCUCCACUCCGCCCUUGUCAAGUCGAGGGACGUAAAUCGCAAGCAGAAGGCAGCCGUAAGCGAGGCCAACUUGUACUUCUUUAUCGAGGCCGCGAUUGCAUUGUUCGUAUCCUUCCUUAUCAAUGUCUUCGUCACCGCUAUAUUUGCUGAGGGAUUCUACGGCAGAUCGUCACAGGAAAUCUAUCACAUUUGCACGAACGCUAGCAGCCCGUACGCAGACUUAUUUAAUAACUCUCACGUGGUUGCCGAUGUUGACAUAUAUAGAGGGGGAAUAUAUCUUGGUUGUAAGUACGGCAUAGCUGCCAUGUAUAUCUGGGCGGUUGGUAUUCUGGCAGCAGGUCAGAGUUCUACCAUGACGGGGACAUAUUCAGGACAGUUCGCAAUGGAGGGUUUCCUCAACUUAAAAUGGAAAAGAUGGCAAAGAGUCCUCUUUACUCGGUCAAUCGCCAUCCUACCGACAGUAUUUAUCGCAAUCUAUAAAGGAAUAGGUGACCUGACAGACAUGAAUGACCUCCUCAAUGUCCUUAUGAGCCUACAGCUGCCGUUCGCCCUCAUCCCUAUUCUCACCUUCACCAACUCCGAAAAACUCAUGGGCGAUUUUAAAAAUGGAUUAUUUACAAAGAUUCUCACCAGUGUAUUAUCCGUCGUUGUGAUAGUUAUCAACUUAUAUUUCGUGGCUGUAUAUAUUCCGGUCUUGCCCCAUCAUUGGGCUAUGUACCUCUUCAUAGCGCUCAUCCUCACGUUCUAUGUACUAUUUACAGCCUACCUGACGUGGUACUGUUUAAUCGGAAUGGGAUGGCAAUGGCUACUGAAAAUACCGUGUCCACAGUUUCUACAAUACUCAGACGAUUUUAGUAUUGAGGUUCUUGAAGAAGAGGAAGAGGAAAUCAGAGUGGACUGACGGGGGAAAAGGCAUCCUCGGUUCCGAACAAGUUUAUUUUAAAACAUAAGUGUGUUCACAGUAGAGCCAUGGAAAGGCGGUUAAUUUUCAUGUGUUCCAUACGUACGUCGUGUACAAUAAAAUACCCAUUUGAAGUAUUUUCCGAGGGAAGCCAACUCGUCAUCAACAUCGAAAUAAAAAAGCAGACUGUGAUAAUAAUAAGCUCGUUUUCAUUGUUUCACCUAAUUGUUUUGCAGCUCACCAUGUUGCUAAAGGAGAAGGACAUGGCGAGUGCGUUGUAGUUGUGAAUUGAUGAAUAUUUGCAGAUUAUAAUUAGAUUAUUUAGUUCCCUGAGUUUUCUUAUCUUCAGUGAGUGAGAUAAUGCUAUACAAUGUAAUAUAUUGUCCUAGCCAGUGAUAUUUUAUAAUUUGGAAAAUUUUGUUCCAACAUGUAAUGCUCAUGAGAUGAAAAAACAACCACAGAUAAUUGCAUAUUAAAUAUCAUCAUCAUCAACAUUCUUUGUUUCUCAAAACUGACUGUACGAAGCAAAUAAAUUGAAGUGAAAAUAACUACAAAA